AUGGUGCUAGGUCCGAGUAGCUCCAAUACGCGGCGAACUACGAAUUCGGGUACCGGGUACAACCACCACAGCGGCAACGACUUCGGCCACACAGAGGCGAAGAGGGACGGCGCCACCAGCGGCCAGUACCACGUGCUGCUUCCGGACGGCCGCUUGCAGAGUGUCCGGUAUUCGGCCGGGCCGUCCGGCUUCCACGCGGACAUCAGCUACGACCGUCUCAAG